AGUAAACACUAAUGCUUCGCCUCUUCCUGUUUGUCAACAGUUACCACUUCCACAAAGUCAUAAACCUUGCCUAUUUCUAUAAUGUAUCUUCUUAAAAUGUGAUGUUAAACCAAACCAUAACCACACUGCUAACUCCAACGAAUUGUUGUUUUCAUGAAUUUUAACGAUAUAGCUAAUUUUGAGGCAGUGGUAACCUUCCUUUCAGCAAACCCCACAUUUCCCAUCAGCCACCACGAUAUUCACAGACGCUCCAUUGAAGGUAUUUCUCAUUUUGUACUAAGGACUAACCACCCAGUUAAACGUUAGAUUGAAAGCUUCACAAUGUCCGAGCUUUUUAUGGAAUGUGAGGAAGAGGAGCUGGAGCCAUGGCAGAGACAGACACCAGAAGUUAAUUUGUUGGGCGACGGUAAACAUGAUGAUGAUGACGACGAUGAACCUAUAUUUGUUGGGGAGCUUAGUACUUCAAACGACACCAUUAACACCAGACCAACAAACAACCAAAGAAAUGUGAAGACCACCCCAGUUCAAAGUGGCGGAGUUGGAAGACCAAGAGCCUCUAGGAUGACAAUGACACACAACUCGCCCCAAGUUCAUCUCACUCGGGGUCCAGUUCCCCAGAAUAUCAUUCCUGGGAACGGGUUGAACAAUGCACCUCGACCCUUAACAGCAGUACCACCACAGCCCAUCAUUAUCAACAACCAGGGUUACAUUAUGACCACACCACAGUUAUCGGCCAACUCGGCUUUCCUCGCUUCCCUUGGGAAACAGUAUCCCCCGGGGACAUCUUUCACUGUGGUUCCAGCAGGCCAGCAGCACAUUUUGCAGCAGAUGACUCCAGCAGCAGGCCAGCAGCACAUUCUGCAGCAGGUGACUCCAGGGAAGCCUUUACCUGGGGUUAUCCACAGGCCUCAAGUGCACAUGAUCCACAACAACGUAGUGACCUUGUCCAAUGUGCAGGGCCCCGCCGCAUUGUCUUCCCAGCCCAACCGCUCAAAUUCUACCAACCUCCAGAUUGUGUCCCCAGUUAUUCAAGCCAAAGGCAACAGCUGGGACUAUGGCAAACGGGGUUUACCUCAAGACCAAAACAGCACAGCUAAAAAAGCAAAGCAUGACAUAGGGUCUCCCCACGCCCAGGAGAUAUUAGAAAAUGGAGCACGUUUUUGUAAAAAAUGUCCAAAGUGUAAAUUUGAUUUCUACCAACAAGUUGUCAUGAAAGACCACAUGGUGAAAUGUUGUCCUCACCUAUUGGAGUGUGUCUUCCCCUCAACCCCAAAGUCUACUUACCUUUUUGCAAGCAAGCGCAUUAUGCUUGUCACAGACUUCUACUAUGGUAGAUUUGAGGGAGACAAACCAAAAUCGCAGCCGCAGAAGACCCCAUUUACCUUUAAGUGCCAGAGCUGUUUGAAAGUACUCAAGAACAACGUCAGGUUCAUGAACCACAUGAAGCACCAUCUGGAGCUGGAGAAGCAGAACAGUGAGAGCUGGGAAAGCCACACUACCUGCCAACACUGCUACCGGCAGUACUCAACCCCAUUCCAACUGCAGUGCCACGUCGAGAGUGCCCACAGCAUGGUCGAAUCUUCAACCAAUUGCAAGAUAUGUGAAUUAGCCUUCGAGUCUGAGCAAGUGCUCCUGGAACACAUGAAGGACAAUCACAAGCCUGGCGAGAUGCCCUAUGUCUGCCAGGUGUGCAACUACAGGUCUUCGUUCUUUACCGAUGUGGACACACACUUCCGUACGGUGCAUGAAAAUACAAAGGAUCUCCUUUGUCCUUUCUGCCUUAAAGUUCUUAAAAGUGGUCAUGUCUACAUGCAGCACUAUAUGAAGCAUCAGAAAAAAGGAAUUAAUCGUUGCGGGAAAUGCAGGCUGAAUUUCCUCACCUACAAGGAGAGAGUGGAUCACAAGACUCAGCACCAUAAGACUUUCCAAAAACCCAAAGCUCUGGAGGGCCUUCCUCCUGGAACCAAGGUGACUAUCCGGGCCUCUCUGACCGGGCCAUCUCCCAGUUCCACCCGUGCUGCUGAAAAAUCCAGUGUCAGUGUCAUACCAGAGGUCCCAGGCAUAAAGGCAGCCAAUGUAAAAGCUCGGAGCAGUACAUCUACCACACAGGGCAGCAGUGGGGGGAAAGGCAAGGCCACAGUGAGCAAGAAGCUCCUCAAGCAGCAGAAGAACAACCAUGUGUUGCAGAGUCUCAGUAUUGGCGAAAGAAGACACACCUGCAUUGAGUGCUACUCGGAGAUUCAUGACUUCUAUAGUCACUAUCCCAUGGUUGCAAUUUGUGGCGCAUGCAAGUAUCGGACAAGUUGCAAAACUUCAUUUGGAAACCAUAUGAUAAGGUUCCAUAGUGCCAUCUCAAAAGAGAGAUUCCGGAAAAUGAGGAAAAUCCCAGUUGUCCUAAGGAAUUUAACCCUUGUCUGUCUGAACUGUGACUUCCUGGCGGAUGCGCAUGGAACUGACCUCAUGAGCAAGCAUUUGAUUGACAGACCACACCACGUCUGUAAGGUCAUACUAGAGAAAGAAGGUGGUGCUGUAGAUGACGGCAUUAGAGGAAAUAAGCAAGGGAUGUCUGCUCUGAUGUUCCCUGAUAUCCAGAAUGCUGAAACUGCCACAGUGAGUGGCGCUUUUGAACAAUUGCACAGCGUUCCCAGAUUGGAGGAGACCUCCAAUGUCUUGUGUAUCACCCCAGCUGCUGAAAGAGGGGAUGGGCCAGAGGUAAUGCAUGUUCAGACCCAAGAGUCAGGAAGAGGUGAUGUUAUUCUACUAGACAACGAUGAUGCAGCAGUUAACCAGCUAGGAGAGGCAGAAGUGCAAGGGCUUCCACAGCUCUCUACAGUAGAUCAGAUCCAUGGAGUCACACAGGCUACAGAGCUAAAAACACCCAUGGAAAGUUCAGUCGAGGAAGACCAGUCUUUGCAGUCAGGGCCCAUGGAAAGUGAAACACCCAUGGAAAGCUCAGUUGAGGAGGAGCUGAGAGAGGUGUGGGCUUUGCAGUCAGCGACCAGGUCCCCCUCUAGUUCUGUGGCCUGUGAGUUAGAGGGGGAGGCGGUGUGUUUGCAUGAGUCAUUAAGCAAACCGGAAUCUGUGAGCUUUGACGACAGUAAGAAGGUUAGCGCUUCCCUGGAGACCAUCCCCUUAAAUGUUGUAGACCAAGAGGUGAACGAUAUCGUGGAAGCAAAGGACAUCUCCUCGUCCUCUCAAAGUCCAGCUGAAGUCAGGGCAGACGACAGACAUUCCCUCCAGUCCUGAAACACUGAAGGAAUCGGCAGCCUCGGAGUAGAGAAAAGUGGACCGGGUGUAUUUUUAAGAAGACUGCAUACUAUUGAAAUGUAUUUCUCUUCCCCAUUUUCUUAAAGUUUAUUGUCCUUGACCAGAUGGACAUAAGCUGAGACGUGCUAUGUGUUUAUUAUAUUUGGCAUUUGGAAAAACAUGUAUCAUUUUUUUCUAUCAGUGCAAGAUUUUACUUCUGUCAAACUUUCAAUUUGGUUGUAAGCUUUCAAUGAAAGUGAAAAUGGUACACAAUGUGAAUAAUUUGACUUUCUGUAGUGUGUUGAAAAAUACACAAUCUGAAUGUU